CGCUCCGACGACACGCCGCCUCGCGCGCCGCCGGCCCGUCCCGCGAACUUUAUAGCCCAUACCGAUGACUGUGUCAACAACAUAAUGCACGUGUGUCGUACCUACCGCGUCAAGUGAUACACUCCCAUACUAAAUAACUGUGCUGACUGUGUUGUGUUCACAACUUUGACACGUGACUUCACGUGAUCUCUGGAUUAACUGCACGCCUGCAUGGAUUGUUACAGUUCAUGAAAAGUGAUCGAAAGUAGAAAGUGCUAUAACAAUGCGAUGUUACUAUAAUGACAAGCCCAAGACGUUCUAAAAAUGGUGGGGCGCAGUGUGCCGUGCAGAUAUUAGACUGGGAUUUACCCUCUACUGAUACGGGAACCGUGAAGAGGAGAAGAUCUUCAUGUCCAGAGAAUUCUGGAAAGCAAACAGUGCCUAUACAUGAUGCAAUUUUUGAAGUACAAACUCCGUCAGACUCCGGGAGCGGAACUUCGCGGAGUAUAGACGAUAAUGACAAAUCAGAUUCGCUCAUCGACGUCGAGGAAAGAAUAUCAUGCAUAAUCAAUGAGAACAGAUCUUCUCAAAGCAAUUCUGAGUCUAGCGACGUAGAUAUCAUUAUUGAUAGCAUCUUAGGCAAUCCCAACGAUCAUUUGUUUGAAACAGUACAAAAUGAAUCACUCUUACGUGAUCGUAGCAAAACUUUUAUCAAACAAGAGACUUUGUCUAUUAACGAGAAACAUGAUAUUGCUUCAGCCAAUGUUUCCUCCGAUAAAAAGAUCAAAGAUAGACGACUUAAAACUCCCGCACCAAUAAAAAAAUUAAACAAAAGUUUUGAUAUAAGUAAGAAUAGUCCAAAAUUAGCCAAAGAACCGUCAAAACCCCAAGAAAAAGCAAGUGUGUUACCAGUUUAUAAAAGCACUGUAAAGGGAAGCAUAGAUUUAAACUCAGGUCAAAAGAAAAAAGUUACUACAAAAUUAAAAUUACCUUUUACUCCAGUGAGAACUAUGGAAAAACCAAAGAUAAAUUUCUUUCAAAACAAAGCUAAUAUUCAGGAUACUAAGCCAUCGCCCUUGCUCUCAUCACCAGUGCGACGAACAAUAUCCAACGAAUAUGUGCGUUUAAAGUUUACUAAUGACACUGUGAUAAGGCGGACUAUUGACGGCAAAUCUGUACCAAAGAUAUCACCAAAAAUACAGUCCAUAAUACCCGAGAGUCCUAUUGACACAGAAGAUCCCUUCCUAAACCUUAGUCCUAAUAAAAAAUACACAGUAACAGUGAAUAACAAAGUGAGGUGCGACAAAGACAAUUACGUUAUUUUCGACCCUAACACGGGGUUCGCUCCGGACGGGUCGAGACAAUCCAGAAUUCCUUUGAAGUCCCCAACUGGUGACAAAUCUCGGAUUCCCCUAAAGUCACCGGGUGGUGAGAACUCUGGUUUAGUGCGAAAAUCGGCUAAUGUUAGUGAUACUGAUAGUGGUAUAUUGUCACCAAAUUCUCCGGUCGAAACUAGUGAAAAAGGAUCUGCGUACUAUGUCAAUGCUGCGGCGUUUAGUGAGGCUGCGAAGAAGUGUGCCAGUGACUUUGACAUCACUAUCCUGGAUCCUGGCUUGGCGAAAAAAGCUGCAGAACAAAUUCAGAUCUACACAGACUGGGCGAACCACUACCUGGAGCGAGCCCGCUCUCGGCGGCGCGCAGGCGCAUCGGGCGGCGGGCUGGCUCGAGACUGCGCAGAUGGCUUGUUGCUGGCAGAUGUGCUGGAAGGAGUCACUGGGUUGAAGGUGCAUAGGGCGCAUCGCAAGCCGCGGAACCCGCAACAAAUGUUGGAAAACGUUCAGUGCUGCUUGGACUUCCUUCACGCCCAAAAAGUCCAGGGAUUAGAACAAGUGACAGCAGCAGAUAUCCGGGAUGCAAAACUAAAAGCAGUAUUGGCAUUGUUUUUCGCGCUCAGCCGACAUAAACAAGCGACUAAACAGAGAACAGCGCCAUCUAGCGGUAAUGCUGCGAACGCCGGGAAAACUUCAAACGAAGAUGUUUCACUGAAUGCAGUCCAACGCAUAACAGGUGGCAGCAGUUGCGAUGAAAUAUUAACAGCGUGCGCUAAUAACGUCGAGAUGACGACGUUAACAGCUAAUAGGCAAGUGUCGGUGCUGCAGACGUCGAUCCCGUUGCCGGCAUCGGCGGCGGCAGCGCGCAGAGCCCCGCCGGACAAGCGCCCACUACCAGCCACGCCGUCACAUACAGGUGGCAAAAGCGGCUUGUCGGCUAGCUCCAGUCGGUCCACCAGCCCGCUGGGACAAGGCGCUGUCAGCUUUAUACCGCGAGCGCCAACUUCUUCAUCCGGGUCACGACCGAAUUCAUCGCUACUGGCUCCUGGUAGCAAAAUUCCAUCCACGUUAAUAUCGCAAACACAACAACACCCACAAACACCGUCCAGCCAAAAUGGAACACCCACGAAGCAUUCCAUGCUCGAUAAGUUAAAGCUUUUUAACAAAGACAAAAUAAGCAAUGAAAAACAAAAUAGCAAAAGUACUGCAGUAUCAAAACGCACCAGUUCUUCCAGUGGAUUCUCAUCAGCCAAAAGUGAAAGAUCUGACUCUAGUUUAAGCCUCAAUGAGUCUUCUAACACUCCCAACUCACAUAUCAAAUCUUCAAAUUUAGUAGGACCUAAAAGUAUAAGGCAACAAAGCGAUACGUUAACAAAAGACAAGUCUGCUAAAAAUGUUAAACCUAAGUUAGUUAGUUCCAAAUCUCCGAAAGAAUCUUCUACCAGCUUGAAUAAAAGCAGCAGUAAAACCAGCAGUAGUGACAAAUCGAGAAACAGCCCGAAGCUUCCUGCUCGUGACAAAGAAUCAAAACUGGCGGCUCCAAAAUCCAUUAGCAACACCAAAUUAAAUCAGAUCGAUGAUCAUUCAAGAAAUUCUAACUCGAAAAUGGUGAAGUUAUCCGGUAGUCAAAUGAGACUCAGUGAAAAGCGAGCUGACAGUAGAACGGAGGUCAAGAAUCAUCAGAGCCAAGAAAAUGUAUCACCACCAUCAAAUCAAAGAAACCAGAAUCAAGCUGCAGCAGGACAAAACUUUGGACCGCAAACUGGUAUCCCAAAACCUACAGCUGCUGUGAAAGGAACUUUUAAGAUAGCGAAAGAUGAUAGACAUAUUAUUCAUAAAAGUACAAAUAGUCAAUUAAGUCCUAUACAAAGCAAUUCUAGUUUAAAUUCUACAAAUAACGUAAGUGCACUUCCAUUCAGUAGAGAGCAGUCUAAUUUAAGUAAAGAUAUAACACAAAAACAGACUUUAGCAGUAUCGCCGAUGCCAGUUGUUAAUACAGGAAGUCAUACUCACACAUCGCAAAUGUCUGAAAGUUCACAUUCUAACUCCACCCACAGUACUACAGGGCAACAUUCUAAUUCGAGUGAUAGUAGCGUCAUAUACCGUCCGUCCAGUGAAUCUGGUUCCGAAAUAUCUAAAACAGCUACUAACACAGUGAACAAAAGACUGGACAUGAAUACUACUUAUAUCAAUGAGGUGAUAAAUGAAGCAGAAAUUUCUGAAAAAGAAGCAGCGCAGAGGAGACCCUUAGAUAAAUCAGUCCCUAAACCUACGUUUGAUCCCAACAGAACAUUGACAGAGUUGAAUAAGAGGAUAGAACAUGAUAGUCGUUCCAGUACGCCGUCACAUGGUCGUGAUAACUCUCUGGGCGAUGAUGAAAAUCCUAUGAUGAAUGUUUUGCCUAUGAGGCCACUUUUGCGAGGAUACAACAGUCAUCUCACACUUCCAAUGAGAACAUCAGGCUUGACGCAAAAGAAUAUACCCGGUUAUCCUCAUCACGCUAACACGGUGAAAGCAAACUUUGGCAGGGAAAACAUGGGGUUGCGUGACCGUAUUAAUUACGGGCCAGGAUUUUCUAACCCAGAUUAUUGCGAUCUUGAAAUAGCAUCGGGGUAUAUGUCCGACGGGGAUUGCUUGCGUCGUAUAAAUCUUGGAGAAAUGGAGUGUGCCCGAAACAAUGAUAUGAUGGAUGGAUACAUGUCGGAGGGUGGUGCGUCAUUAUAUGGUCGCCGCAUGAACUACCAGCCUUCCCAACUACAACAGCUAGAUGAAAGACGCGGCGGCCGCAAUAGAAUGGAAGGGGGCAGUGGCGUAGUCUACCGCGUGGUGGGGCGCACGCGCAGCAAAGCGGACUGCGGCCAGCAGACGGAGAGGCAGCCGCCCGCGCCGCGCCAACAAGACACCACCUGGAAGAAGUAUACCGAUUCUCCAGGAGUUGGAGCUCCGCCAUUGAAUCAGCCAGCGCCAGCGCCGCCGAGCCCGUCGCACGGUCGGAAAGGCGAAAGGCGCGCUGGUCACCAUUCUCCGCAGCAUCAUAAACGGGAGAAGCUUACUGCAGCCCAGCAACUCGGCAUUGCGCCACAUCCACAGUAUGCUGCACCUAAUGCGUCUGGACAACAUCCUUCUAGAAGUGGUGGAUCCCAGCUCCAGUCGCCCAGCGGUGGCUCCCGCCCAUCUAGCGUGUCAAGCGGAGGCAACGGUAGCACUUGUUCUUCGGGUAAAGCGAAGGUCCCACAAAGCUUCGGCUACGUGAAGAGACAGAAUGGUGUCCAGCAACCCGCACCGCAAUCUAAUGGCCCACCACAACAUGGAGGAAGAACAGCUCAAGUUUCUGCAGUGCCAAGAACGAAAGUCAAAGUAUCGGGUGGUACACAAACGUGUACGCAAGAUCUUCAAAUUCACAAAAAUGGAAUCGGUCCGAAAUCAUUUUCUUUGGGUGGCACAGCUGCCGCGCAACUAUCGGCGUCGGUGCGGGAGAGACUACUGGGCUCACAAUCCUUGCCCAAGCCGGGCACGCACGAGUUCGCAGCACUCUUCCAUCAUCACAGGAUCGCACCUAGGGGUGGCAUUAAGAUAAGUGACGGCAGUCUCUCUGAUACUCAAACGUAUUCUGAAGUAAAGUCAGACUACGGGAUCCCGUAUGCACCUUGGCUUAGACACAGCAACACAUAUUCGGCGAGUGGUCGCCUGUCCGAGGGCGAGUCGAUGGAGUCGCUCACUUCGCUGCACUCGGCGCAGGCGCACAACCAUACCUCCUCCCCUAACUCACACCACCGCAGCUCACUCACACACAAUAAGCUCAUCAUGCACCGAGACGCACAGGGCUCCAGGUUAAACAGGAGCAACAGCAUUAGCUAUCUCAGAGAUAGGACGUUUCCAAGGUCCACUAAAUCGGAGAAGCUUUACCCCUCAAUGCUGCAAAGAUCCUCUGAGAGUGAUUACGAGCCGUAUUAUUGUUUACCCGUGCAAUAUGGACCACCUGGACAAGGUCUGAACUACGGCGUAUCGGAGCCCCCGUCGCCGUCUCCGAGAUCAGCGUUGAGUCCGACGCACCAGCCCGGCAAUGUGAUGCACACGCCAAGACAUUCACAUCAUUAUCCUAAGAAAAACGAUGAUGUGCACGGUUCAACCGCUUCCUUGGUGUCGACGGCAUCAUCACUGGCUGCUGGCGCAGGCUCGGAAGAGAGGCAAGCACAUGAGGUUCGAAAAUUGAGGAGGGAACUAGCGGACGCCAAAGAGAAAGUACACACCCUGACGACGCAGCUUACAACUAAUGCUCACGUGGUGUCUGCUUUUGAGCAGAGUCUAUCCAACAUGACGCAACGCCUGCAACAGCUCACCGCCACCGCCGAGAGAAAGGAUUCGGAGUUAACGGAGUUGCGUCAAACGAUCGAGCUGCUGAGGAAGCAAUCUAUCCAGGCCGGUCUUACGACCGCUCACAUGCAGUCCAUGGGUAUUCGAGCAGACGGAGUUAACGUCACCGGACCGGAGCCAGGCAGUCAAACUCAGUCAUCUCCUCAGCGGACCGCGCAGACGGGCAAUGGCGCGAUCACCAGGCAUCUGUCGACCGACAGUGUGUCGAGUAUCAACAGCCUCAGUAGUGGCUCGUCUGCACCGCACGACAAGAAGCACAAGAAGAAGGGAUGGCUCCGCUCAUCGUUCACGAAAGCUUUCUCGCGGAACGCCAAGAUAUCAAAGACGGCGAAGCACUCAUCCCUCGGGCAGCUGUCAUCGCAAGACAGUUCGUCGGGCUCGCAUCACUACGACGACCCGCACACGAUCCGCGAGGGCAGCAACGAGAACAGUCUCGAGCACUCGCACGAGACGCUCGACGUGAAAGACAAGCCGUGCCCGCCGCAAGCCGCCGAAGACCAGACCAAAGAUAAACCAGAUGAUUCCGGAUUAGUUGAUGAGUUGAAGAGGCAAUUACGAGAAAAGGAUUUGGUGCUAACAGAUAUCCGACUAGAGGCCCUCAGCUCAGCGCAUCAACUGGAAAGCCUGAAAGACACCGUCAUCAAAAUGAGGGUACACUUCCAGAACGAGAUGUUGAACCUCAAACAGAACAACGAGCGGUUGCAACGGUUAGUGACGUCACGGUCGCUGGCCGGCAGUCAGAGCUCGCUGGGUACCGGCGGCUCCGCUGUCGAAGACCCGAGGCGGUUCAGUCUUGCUGACCAAGCUACUAUGCAUCAGGCGACACUAGACAUGCAUUCACAACCUCUAGACCUAGACUUCAACUGUAUGUCAUCGGCCCCAACCAUGGAUUUUUCCAAAAAAAGCUCGCCUAAAUCGGGCAUGGUCGAGCCCAUAUAUGGCAAUAAGGCCGCUUGCGAACUAAAUGAAAACAGCGAGACGCUAUUAGCUGCACUGAAUGGCAGCAGUGAUUUAUUCGCGAACGGACUCAACGCCAGCGAGCGGCUCAGCGGCGACUACGACAUAAACAGCGUACUGCCGCCGCCCAAGACUAGGGAACUGGCCAUAGGGGAAAGUUACUCCGAUAUCGGUGUUGCGGACAGUCAAGGAGAUACGACUGACGGGAAAAAGAUAGCUAUAGCUGUAUAUUUAGGACAACCGGAGACAUUCCAAAGAUAUUUCGAGGAAGUUCAAGAUACGCUCACAGAAUCUGAAUGUAGAUUCUACGCUAAACAGUCAGCGAGCUCAUACAACAAUCACUUCGAGAAACAGUCCAGUUUCGACUCGCCUCGAUUAUCUCAAAAUCGUAGCCCCGAAACUGAGACUCAAGACUACUCGCAAAUAAAUAAGUCGAACACGAAUAGCCUUAAAAGCAAUAAGUCUACGCACAGUAGUUCGUAUAAGAACGUUUAUAAUAGUGACUCGACAAUAAACUGUAAUGAAUUCACCAUAGCUUACACUUAUAUAUCUGGCAAGACUACUUGGCAGAACUUAGAUUAUAUAGUUAGGAAGACUUUUAAAGAUUACUUGUCUAGAAUAGACUUGGGAACGAAUCUCGGUUUGAACACUGAUUCAAUAACUUCGUAUCACUUGGGCGAAGCGACACGAGGCCCUGAAAUAGGUUUCCCAGAGCUAUUGCCCUGUGGAUACAUCAUUGGCACUGUCAACACGCUGUACAUCUGCUUAGAAGGAGUCGGUAGCCUGGCGUUCGAUAGUCUUAUACCAAAAAAUAUUGUAUAUAGAUAUGUUUCUCUGCUAUCGGAACACCGGCGAAUAAUUUUGUGUGGACCGAGCGGCACGGGCAAGUCUUAUUUGGCAGCAAAGCUGGCAGAGUUUUAUGUGCAGAAGACCCAACGGAGGGGCAAUCCCGCCGAAGCCGUUGCUACUUUCAACGUGGACCGCAAGUCCUGUAACGAGCUCCGCGCGUACCUCGCGAACAUCGCAGAGCAGUGCGGCGCGGCGGCGGCCGGCGAAGAGGCCGCGUUACCCUCCGUCGUCAUACUCGACAACCUGCAGCAUGCUUCGGCGUUAGGCGACGCCUUCGCCGGACUACUGCCGCCUGACAACAGAAACAUGCCUGUUAUUAUUGGUACAAUGUCCCAAGCCACGUGCAAUACAACAAACUUGCAGCUCCACCACAACUUCAGGUGGCUUCUUACAGCCAAUCACAUGGAACCUGUCAAAGGAUUCUUAGCUAGGUACCUUCGCCGCAAACUCUUCACCCUAGAACUGCGACUGGGUCGACGCGAGCCUGCCUUAGCCGCCGUACUAGAAUGGUUGCCUGGAGUAUGGUCUACGCUCAACGCCUUCCUUGAAGCUCACUCCUCCAGUGACGUCACCGUGGGCCCGAGGCUGUUCCUAGCCUGUCCCAUGGACUUGGAAGCUAGUCAGGCAUGGUUCGCGGACGUAUGGAACUACAGCAUAGUGCCGUACGCGUCGGAGGCGGUGCGCGAGGGCAUCGCGCUGUACGGCAGACGUCGCCACGCCGCCGUCGACCCGCUGCAGCAUAUCAAGUCUACGUAUCCCUGGAGAGAGCCCAACCACUCGCAUACACUGAGGGCAAUAACGGUGGAGGAGAUUGGCAUUGAGGAAUCUAAUCAAGAUUCCAACACCAACAACAAUCAGGAUCCUCUGUUGAACAUGUUGAUGCGGCUGCAAGAAGCGGCGAACUACAGCGGAAACCAAAGUCAGGACUCGGACAACGCGAGCAUGGAUUCGAAUCUCACUCACGACAGCUCCAUGGGCAACGAGCUAUAAUAGCGACGCGUCUCGUGACGUCAUCGUACUCUUAGGAUUUUAUACUACCCGCUGGUAUUCUGUGAUAUUGCUUCUCAACACUGCGUAUUGUAGUUGAAACCAAGUAAUACCAGCAGCAAUUCCAAGCAGUGUAUGAACUAAACUGACGUUCCUUACAUGUGGAUUAUAAAUAUGAUAUAUAAAGCCAAAUAUUUGCCAUAUGUACAUUAUUGAUAUUUAUUAUUUACUUAUUCUAAGUGUUACUUAAGUUGCGAUUCUAUUAUUAUUUCUAGUUGAUUUUUGUUUUAAAUUUUAUCGCUAACUUGUAACGGCGGUAUUUAUUUUUAUUUCGAAAGGUUUUACUCUGCCAUAUUUGCGGAUACUAGCAAAUAUCUAUUGCGUGAGUAUGAGAACCUUUUUCUAAGUCUGAUUUAUUUCUUAUACAUUCGAAAUAAAAAAUCAUUUCAAUAAGUGAAUAAGAAAUCAAUAACAGUGCCUGGAGCGAUCAUUUUCCAUUUUUUUACAACGUAAUUACAAUGUUAGAUCUAUUACUGUUUAUAUGAAGCAUUGUGGCUUUUACUAUUGUUAUAUUUUUUCAAAGUUAGGAUAUGAACCGCAUUUGUAUUACGGAGACAUGUAUGUAACAUAUGAAAGUGUAAUUUUUAUACCAUUUUCAUAUUAAAAUUCAUGUAAGUACCUAUAUAAUAUAUUUAAGUGUAAAUAUGUUUAAUAUAUUUUCUUUUUGUAUGCGAUUACACUAACCGCUAUCUAUUGUCAUAAACAGCGUUAAUUUUGUAUAGAAAUGCGUAACAACUGUUACAGUGUUCGGUAUGGAUUGACUCGUGUGCAUAAGUGAAACGUGAUAUCUACAAUCUAUGCUUUACAGAAAAUGUGAAAUAAAAAUUGAUUAUAAAAAC